AUGGGUUUACGAGAUUUUUUUCGAAAAUAUAAGAAAAGAAGUGAUACUUCCGCUUCUACAACUAUAAAUGAACAAUCAAACGCACAGCAGCAACUAAAAUUUUCCGGUAUAAAACCUAUUGAUCUUAAUGCUCCAGUACCAAACAAUAUUUCGGAAAAAUAUCGUCGAUUUCCAUUUCCAACACGUCGUAAUAGUAUAAUAGAUGAAUAUGAUUUAUCAGGAGAAUCAUUAGGUGUAGGUAUAAAUGGCAAAGUCUUGACAUGUUGGCAUCGUGAAACUAAGCGUAAAUGUGCUCUUAAAAUAAUAAAAGAUUCAGAUAAAGCUCGACGUGAAGUUAUUUUACAUAAAAAAGCUAGUACAGGAUGUGAUUAUAUUGUUCAAAUACUCGAUAUUUAUGAAAAUAUAUUUGAAUCAAAUCGAUGCUUAUAUAUUGUUAUGGAAUGUAUGGAAGGUGGAGAAUUGUUUCAGCGUAUUCGAGAUAAACAUGACAAACCAUACACAGAACGAGAAGCAGCUAGAAUUAUUUUGAUGGUUGCGAAAGCUGUUGCACAUUUACAUCAUAUGGAUAUGGCUCAUCGUGAUCUUAAACCAGAAAAUUUACUGUUUGCAGAUAGUUCUGAAAAUGCUUUACUUAAAUUAACUGAUUUUGGAUUUGCUAAAGAAGGAAAUAAUGAACAACUUCCAUUGAUGACACCAUGUUAUACUCCAUACUAUGUUGCUCCAGAAAUUUUGUCCAAUAACAAAUAUGAUAAAGCAUGUGAUAUUUGGUCAAUGGGUGUUAUAAUGUAUAUUCUUUUAUGUGGUUAUCCACCAUUUUUUUCCGCUCAUGGUGGUACUAUUAGUGCUGGAAUGAAAUCAAAAAUCAAAGCUGGUGAAUAUAAAUUUCCAAAAGCUGAAUGGAAAAAUAUUUCACAAGAAGCUAAAUCAGUUAUACAAAGUAUGUUAACAGUUGAUCCAGUUACACGUGUUAAUAUUGACUGGGUUCUUCAAUGUUCAUGGUUAGUUGGUACAGUACCUGAGACACCAAUUGAUAUUCGUUCAAUGUUGGAUUUUGAAAAUUAUGAACAAAUGCGAGUAUUUGCUGCUGCCAAUCAUGCUCAACGUCGAGCUGAUGCUGAUGAUGAAGAAAAUAUAAGUAUUCUUACACCAGAUAACUCACGUAUAGCAAAACGAGCUGCUAAGCGACAACGACAAUCUGCUAAUGAAAAUGUUGCACCACCAUUAUCACAGAUUGAUGAAAGGGAAUAA